UCCCUUUUGGAAGAUUCCAGAGUUUAGAAUGGAAUAUGCAGGAAAUCCAGUAUCCUCCAACCUGGGUUUCUGAAAAAAACACGAUUUUGCAACCCUAAUAACCAGUCAUAAGAAACUAAGGUCACUGAUUGUCUCCUGCCUUGCUGCCUCAGUAUUAUAAUUCUCUUGAGGAUUGCUUUAAUUAUUAUUAUGCUUUGUGUAAUGGAAAUAGUGUCAGAAACGAUUAUAUUUUGCUUUCUAGGUGAUAUCCCCCAAAGCAUACUGCAGUAACUCCAAAAUCAACCCUUAUUUUACCCAAUGGGACUUAAAUAUAUAUAUAUGUACAAUGGCUUUAGGUUAUACAUGUAUUAUCAGAAAAUCUGAUAUUUUUCAGAUUGAGGCUUUAUGAUUAAGUCUUAGCAUUGAAGGCAGGGUAUACGUUCUUUCUUAUGCAAUUGUGCAUUUUGUCAAUCUUAAGAAAUAUUCGUUCUACAAACGGCACACCUUCCAAUUGCCAAGGGAUGUUAUGCCCUUCCCUGCCAUUGUCUUCCUCUAUUCCACUGCAUCUAAUGGCUGGAACAUGCUACAUAAUGUCUGGGAAAGCAAUUGCCAGGGAUGUAAACAGUUGCAAUGUCGUUAUUAAGGGACUAAGGGACAAUAUAUAUAUGAAUUGCGUGAGCUGACUGUGUUCGAGCUGAAAGUUGUUGAGCGGACCGCGGGAUGCGCAGUCGUAGACUGUUGCCAUGACAGCGGAGGAGACCAUUAACAUCAAAGAGGUGGAGGUGAUCAAGCUGAUGCUGGACUUCCUCAACUCCAGGAAGCUUCACAUCAGCAUGCUGGCUCUGGAGAAGGAGAGCGGCGUCAUCAAUGGCCUUUACUCUGACGACAUGCUCUUCCUUAGGCAGUUGAUCCUAGAUGGCCAAUGGGAAGAGGUCCUACAAUUCAUUCAGCCUUUAGAAGGCAUGGACAAGUUUGACAAAAAGAGGUUCCGCUACAUCGUCCUGAAGCAGAAAUUUCUGGAGGCCCUGUGUGUAAAUAACGCCAUGUCAGCUGCUGACGACCCUCAGAAUCUGGAGCUGUCCAUGCAGGAAGCGGUCAGGUGUCUCCACAGCCUGGAGGUGUUCUGUCCCUCUAAAGAGGACUACAGUAAACUCUGCCUGCUCCUCACGCUGCCCUGCCUCACCCAACACGCUGAGUUCAAGGAUUGGAACCCCAGCACGGCCCGGGUGCACUGCUUCGAGGAGGCCUGCGCCAUGGUGGCUGAGUUCAUCCCUGCCGACAGGAAGCUGAGCGAGGCCGGGUUCAGGGCCAGCGGCAACCGCCUCUUCCAGCUGCUCAUCAAAGGAGUUUUGUACGAGUGCUGUGUGGAGUUCUGUCAGAGCAAAGCCACGGGGGAGGAGAUCACGGAGGACGAGGUGCUCUUGGACGUGGACAUGUUGUGUGGCAAUGGCUGCGACGAACUCGACCUCUCCCUGCUCUCGUGGCUCCAGAACCUCUCGCCAGGCGCCUUCUCCUGCGCCUUUCAGCAGAAGACCCUGGCCAUCCACGUGGAUCGCCUGGUCAAGCCCACCAAAGCCGGCCACGCCGACCUGCUCACCCCCCUCAUCAGCCGGCUUUCCCCCUGUCCCUCCUCGCCCCUGCAGAGGCCCCAGUCGGCAGACACCUACAUGUCUCGGUCCCUGAACCCGGUGCUGGACGGGCUGUCCCAUGGCCUGGCGGCCCAGGCCCAGAACAAGAGGGGCACGGAGGGCAGCGUGAGACCGGCGCUCAGCCAAAGCAUGGUGGAGAAUAACGUGCACCAGCUGGACGACGACUCACCAGAAAGGAUUGUCCCACCGGUUCUGGCCUCUAGUGGACCAAAUGUCAUGCGCACCCCUCUGGCCUCCGGGACGGACGGUGGGCCGCCAAAUGAAAAAGAGCAUGACAGUGAGCAGGUCCAGGAGUACUACAGGCAGAAGAAGCGUGUUCAGCAGCACUUGGAGCAGAAGCAGCAGCAGAGACAGCUGUACCAGCAGAUGCUGCUGGAGGGAGGGGUUCACACACAGGAGGGGCCAGAUGCCCAGCAUAACCUCACUGAGAAGUUCCUCAACAGGUCCAUCCAGAAGCUGGAGGAGAUGAACGUGGGAAUGGACAAUGUGGGAGAGGGGGGGGUCCAGUCUGUGAGCCAGCAGUGUAACGGGACCCCUGGACCCAACUCUAGUACCCAGACCCAAGAGACAGGCCCUCUCAAGGACAAGCCGGGAGGGAUCAGCAGCACCCCUCUCAUGGCAGGGUCUCAGGGCAUGCCCUCCUUCGACGAGUCCCCCGUCCAGAACACUCGGAGUGAUCAAAGAAACAGGGCCACUCUACCUACGCUUCAGGAUGAUUCGGGCGGCUCCCCGAUGCGCAACAAUUCUCAGAAGAUGGAGAAGUCCAAGGCCCAGUUUGUGGCAGUGAACAGUCUGGAGGACACGCAGGCAUUGCGCGCUGUGGCCUUCCACCCCACGGGGGCGCUGUACGCCGUGGGCUCCAACUCCAAAACCCUGCGUGUCUGUGCUUACCCAGACACCCUCAACACAAGUGGGUCAGGCCCAGUCAAGCAGCCGGUGGUGCGCUUCAGAAGGAACAAACACCACAAGGGUUCCAUCUACUGCGUGGCCUGGAGUCACUGUGGACAACUGCUGGCCACCGGCUCCAAUGAUAAAUAUGUCAAAGUGCUGCCCUUCAACGCAGAAACCUGCAAUGCCACAGGGCCCGACCUGGAGUUCAGUAUGCAUGACGGCACCAUCAGAGACCUGGCGUUCAUGGAGGGUCCUGAGAGUGGAGGAUCCAUCCUGAUCAGCGCCGGAGCCGGAGACUGUAACAUCUACACCACUGACUGCCAGAGAGGACAGGGGCUGCAUGCUCUCAGUGGGCAUACAGGCCACAUCCUGUCUCUGUACACAUGGGGUGGCUGGAUGAUCGCCACGGGCUCCCAGGAUAAGACUGUCCGCUUCUGGGACCUGAGAGUCCCCAGCUGUGUGAGGGUGGUGGGGACAGCCCUACAUGGCUCUGGCAGUGCAGUGGCCUCGGUAGCUGUUGACCCCAGCGCUCGUCUCUUGGCAACGGGACAAGAGGACUGCAGCUGCAUGCUCUAUGACAUCAGAGGAGGCCGGAUGGUGCAGACGUACCGCCCACACACCAGCGACGUGCGCUCCGUCCGUUUCUCUCCCGGGGCACACUAUCUGCUCACGGGUUCCUACGACAACAAAGUCAUCAUCACUGACCUGCAAGGUGACCUGACGAAGCAGCUUCCUCUGACGGUGGCGGCGGAGCACGAGGACAAGGUCAUCCAAUGUAGGUGGCACACGCACGACCUCUCCUUCCUGUCCUCCUCCGCAGACAGAACAGUCAAACUCUGGGCCCAGUGUCCAUGACACUGCUGGCUGGCACUGGAAACCACAGCUCUUUAAUCUGGUGUUACUGGGAACACUGGCCACCACAACACACAGUCCACAUCCUUGGACAAACCUGCCCCUGUACCCCUCCGCAAGGCUCUUAGAGGUGUGUGUGUGUUUACACUGGAGAUCACUGCUGUGUCACUUAUGGCUUUUAGCCUUUCUUUAGCAUCUGUGCCUCUUACUAACAGUAGAGCUAUACAAAACCACCUUCAUUUGACUGUAACGAUACGGCGACAUCUCUAUAGUCCUGUUGAAAAUAAUACACUCAUCAAAUGCAUGUUGGCAUCAUAGUCUACGCUCGCUUAAAGCACACCACAGUCCUUUCUGUUGUUUUCAUAUCGUCCUGUUUUUUAGUUAGCUGUUCCGGAUGCAGAAUGCCUUAUGUAGUCCAUUCAAACCACAUUAUGUGAAUCAUAUGGUGCCUUGGGUAACAGUUUGUUGUGCAGUGUGCAUUUUCAGCUUCAAGAUGGAUGCAAGAAAGGAGGCCUUCAUAUCUAAAGCUUUAUUUUGACAUGUUCUUAUUUAACAGCUUGUAAAUGUUUUAGGAUUAAAAUAAUCUUGACAUAAAUUGUUGUUGGUAGUACUCUGCCACUUAUCAAAGAUCUCAAACUUAGGAAUACAUGGCGUUCUUGAAGUAUAAGAUAAUUAUAUCAUAUGUUGCUGGAUGGCGGAUUGUGUUUGGGAUUUCAUCUGCGUGUGGAUUUUUGUAAAUUGAUUGUAUAAAUAUUUAAUGGGGUAUCUUAAA